AUGGCACAAAGUUAUCAAAGACAAGAACGGCCAUACAGACAGAGAGAGGAGGUGAGUUGCAUGCUCCUUGGUGAUGGAGCUGUGGGAAAAACCAGCAUGAUCAUCAGCUAUGUCUUCAAUGGAUACAACAGUGAUUACAGGCAAACAGCUUUUGACGUCUUCACUGGGGUUGUUCAUGUCAAUGGAAUUCCAACUCGCAUUAAACUCAUUGAUACAGCUGGUCAGGAUGAGUUUGGUCACCUCCGCUCCUUGUGCUAUGCCCAUGUGGAUGUCUUCAUCUUGUGCUUCAGCCUGGUCAAUCCAACAUCCUUCCACAAUGUUGCCACGAAAUGGAUUCCGCAGAUCCGCUGCCGUAACUUCACAUCUCCAAUCAUUCUGGUCGGGACACAGUCUGACCUCUGCAACAACGUGAAUGUACUUCUUCACCUACAGGAAAAGAAUAUAGCACCAAUACAUUUUAAACAGGUUAAAAAACUGGCCAAGAGAAUUCAGGCAGGUGACUAUGUGGAGUGCUCAGCCUUGACACAGCAUCAUCUGAAAGAUGUUUUUGACUGUGCAAUAUUUGCUGCCAUUAAGAACAAAUGCACAAGUGGAAAAAGUAAAAAGCUUAGCAUCAUCAAAAGCUUGAGAAGUCUGUCUUAUCGUGGAUGGAAGAAAAUCUUUUUCUAA